AGCUAGCUUCGUUCUGAUUGUUCUCUUUCUCCCUUCACCCAGCACCAGGUGACGUUGUUUAUCUUCGGUGAGUAGCACUAGCAUGAAGGAUCAGAAACAUACUUGACAGCACCUGCUGAAUUUUCUGUAACGCUAAAGGUCGACAAAAAGUCCACCUACAACUAGGAGGAAGACUACGCUACUACAUCUAUAGCAUCAAAGAAACAAGAUGUUAGUCCAGCGCUUUGUCCCCAAGAAGAAGCCGGCGACACGCACGGAAAGCCAGUCUGCAGGUCCUGCGAAUACCACCGCUGCAGCUGCAGCAGCUGUAGCCCCGCCUACAACCUCCACCGCGACAACAUCCACGAGCGGUGGCAAUUCCGGGUCAGGAGCCGCUGGUGCAAACAAGAAAAACGUCGCAAAGAAGGAUAAGACCACACAAGGAGAAACAAACGUGGACAGGACAAGUGCAGCUGGCGGUGGCGGUGGAGCAGGCGUUUGUUCAACUACAUCUACAUCCGGCUCUGUGUUCCACGGCGUGGAGUUUUCCCGGACGAACAAGCGAAACUUCCAGCGCAAGCGGAAGGCGGUGGCUGAAAAGCAGCAGGGGGAGGAGGCCAAGAAGCGGAUUCUGGCGGUCCAGAAGAAAAAUGAGUGGAAAAUCAAAGAAUCUGCCGAAGAGAAACAGAGGCGAAAGCGGGAGGCGAAGUUGCUGAAGAAGAAAAAGAAGGAGGAGGAAGCGAAUGCGAACGUUGUCGAAGUGGAAAAGCACGUCGCUCCAGAAGUUUUGAAGCAGGGCCAAGUUCAACCAGAUCACCAUGAAGAUGAAGGAGGUGCCGCUGUUGAAGAAGGAGAAAACGCUGAUGGCACUCUGGCAGCCGCGGGUGGAAAGAAGUUGACCAAAAAUCAGAAGAAGAAUUUGCGCAAAAAGAACUUGAAGAAGCAAGCACAAGGAGCUGGUGAGGAUCAAGAUACGGCGACCGCGGCGGGGGAAGAUGUAGCCGUAGAAGAUCAUGCGGAUCACGCAGCGGAGGCAGGAACACGCACCGUUGCUGCAGUGAACAUCAGCGACAAAGAGUGCGCGACACCGGUGACAUCCAAGCGUGAGCCGCACCACAACGCGGGAGUAGGAGAAGAGAAGGCAGAUGAUCAUGAGCAGCACGAUGCUGCGGUAGAACCUCCUACGAAGCGGCAGAAAAAAGCGAAAGGAGAAAAGGAUGCGAAUGACGGUGAGAGCAACAACGUGGCGAAUGCAACGGAUGGAACUGUCAAGCAGGAAGAAGAGGACGACGAUGUUGUGAUGGAAGACGCAGAAGAACAAGGCCAAAACCAGCAAGCAGCUGCCUUCGACGCAGCCGAUGCUCAAGCCGCGCUUUCCCUGGAAGCCCUGCGCGCGGCUUUGCAGCCCGGGGGUGCGCAAGCCGCAAUGGAGUUACAGGCUGCAAAGGCGAAGAAUGCGGAGCAAAUCCGGAACAACCUGCAGGCGGCGAAAAAGAAAAUCGAAAAAGCCAUCGAUUUCACGAAGCGCUACAAAGUCGUUUUGGAUCAUGACGAAGAUGAUGACGCGUUCUUGCUGAACGGACCUGCUGGGGCGGAGCAUGUCGCAAAUACUAAAUCCUCUGGUGUCGUGGUUACGCAGGCCAAUGGCACUACGAAGGUUGUUUCGUCCUCUAACUUGGACGCCUAUCUUCUGGAGCAAGAAGAAGGAAGUCCGGGUCUUGAAGAUGCACAAGAACAGCGAGUGCGAGAGUCGAACGUGCGCAAGACGUCUACCAAGCGUCAUCAAAAUCGACAUCAAACUCCCCUCGACCGUAACCUCGUCCUCUUGCUAAAACAGAAUUUGCACCUGACGCACUUUUUCCCGAUCCAAGCGCAAACGCUCCCCUUUUUCCUUAACAACCCGGACUGCGACGUGCUCAUCGGCGCGCCGACCGGACGGGGGAAAACUCUCGCCUACUUGCUCCCGAUGCUGAACUUUCUCAAGGUGGAUCGCGUCCCCCACAUCAGUUCCAUCGUCGUUGUACCCACGAGGGAGUUGGUCCAACAGGUCGUUGAGGUGGUGGAAAGCGUGUACAAUUUUUGCCCAGGCCAAAGUACAACAACCGCGGAAAUUCAUCAAAACGAAAACAGCACAAAGCUACAUCAAGACAGAAACCCCCUCCUCGACAACCCCGCACGGGUCCUGGGCUUAGCCGGGAACGGCGGCGAGUGGAGCACGUUUCAGAAAGAAACCCGGCAACUUGCGGGCGUAGAGGUCGUGUUCGAGCAAACGCCAACUAAUGUCGUGAACGGGCACCGUUUCCCACGACCUAUUCCCCAAAGCACGAAAAUGCCCGACAUCGUGGUGACCACCAUCGGGAAGUUCGUGGACCAUUUUUACCGCGGGAUUUUGGGCAAUCGCGGGGUGAUUUCCAACCUCCAGUUUCUCGUGCUCGACGAGGCCGACCGACUGCUGUCCGACACCAACACGAGUAACAAGUGGCUGGAGGUCGUGGCGAAAAUCGACUUGCUGAAGCAGCCCUGGCAAAAGCGGCGGUCGUUCGUCCCUCCGCUGAACGAGUUUGAGUUGAACACAGUGAAACUCGGGUUUCGAGUGGAGGAGGAGGAGGACGAGGAGGUGACGAAAGGUGAUAUUAUCGCACCGACAGCGUCCACGUGUUCAGCUACAGCCAAAGCUGCCUCUGGCUCUGGCUCUGGCACAACCACGACACCAAGAACACUCGACUUUUUCGACAAUGUCUGCCCGGAAAUUCUGGGGCCAAACGCGGACCUCGCGGUCGCAAAAGCGAAAUUUUCCCGCUGUGAGGAGGAGGAUGAUAAUCGGUCUUCUUGUUUCGACACCAAAACCAGCAACCUGGGUCCACCCAGGCUGCGGAAAAUCCUGGCGUCCGCGACGCUGACGAAAAACCCGCGGAAACUGGCGCAACUGAACCUCCAGCAGCCGUUUUUCUUCGUCUCCACGGAAUCUGGGCAGUACGCGCUGCCGGAGAACUUGCAGCAAGAAUCGGUGUUCACGCGGGACCGACCGCGGGCGAUGCUGUCCUGGCUGUUGAGCGAGCUCUUCAGGAUGCACAGUGGAGCUGCACCAGGUGCAAAAGUAGAGGCGGGCUCUACGUGUCUCUCCGUCCUGAUUUUCUGCGGGAACGUCGAGGAAACACACAAGCUGUGUCGAUUUCUGCAGCUUUUUUUCGAACUGAUGAAGCAGAGCGGAGAAUUCUUUUUCGCUCAAGAAGCGGGGGGAACAAAGCAAAAUCCAAACCAAAAAUCCGAACUGAAGAAUAAGCUGCAGGAGAUUUUCAGCACUGAGAAAAGCAAUAUCGACAUCACAGAGUUUUCCUCCUCAUUGUCGCAACCGGAGCGCGAACGCUUGGUGCGGGACUUUUCAUCUUCAUCCACCUCCGCGACAGUGGUACCAUCAACAUCUUCCUCGUCGCAAACGAAGAAGCAGUUGAAAAUCAUGGUUUGCUCCGACGCGGCCGCCCGUGGGUUGGACUUGCCGCAGGUCGACGUCGUGGUGAACUUCGAUGUCCCGGCGUAUUUGAAAACGUACAUCCACCGGGUCGGUAGGACGGCUCGAGGAACGGCGGGGACUGCAUCAUGCAGUAGAAGUAAUCGGGCGGUGUCCAUUGUGACCUUGAAGACUUUGAAGAAGUUGAAGCUGUUGCUCCGUAACACGGAAAAGGGCUGGAAGGCGGUGCGGUACGACAACAGCACAACGAAGAAGGAGUUGACGUUCUUCAAGAAUACGGACUUUGUGGGAAAGAAGAUGGGGACUAGCGCAGUUUCGGAAAAAAAUACCGAUGAAGACCACCAGCACCGAGGAGAGACCGCGAUGGACGAAGAUCUCGCGGAAAAUGGUCAGAAAGUCACCAACAAGAUGAACUCAACCAAGCCUACUAGUGCUGACGCAGAGGAAGACGGCACUUCGUCAUCAGCGGAGGAGUCUGGUUCGGAUUCUAGUACAGAAUCCGACUCGGAUGGUGAGGAGCAUGAUGCGAACAAAGGGCGGAAGAAAAAGAAGGAAGCUCUUGCAGAGAAGAACAAGAAAAGCGCGGCCAUCGGCGAAUCUUCAGGGAAGGAAACACAGAAACAAAGUGUGAAGAACGGGGACGGACACAACAGUGUGGAAAGCGAAACCGAAAUCGAAAAGCUGAUCAAGGAAGACAACAGUAUUCUCCGUGCGUGCCUCUUCAAAUGCAAAGAUUCCCUGCCGCAGGUCUUGGCUUGGGAACAGGACCAGAAGACGGGCGGUAGUAAGACUUCUGUCGUGAAGAUGAAGAAGCAGAUACUACCUCCUGGCAUGAACAGCGACAAGGACAAAAGCACACUUGCGUCUGCAGACAAAGUAGAUGAAGCAGAGCUCGCCAACACCUCUUCGAAGACCAAGAAAAAGAAAAAGAACAAAAAAACGGUCGAUGAUGAUGUUGCGGAUGACUUUGUGAAGCAGCUGACACCGGGGGAAACGCUGAAGUCUUUUUUUGAAAAAGCACCUGGUAUGCUGAACAGUUUGACUGUCUGAGGCUUCUAGUGGUGUUGAAAGAUUCAUUUCAUCCUCUUUUUUACUAGAAGGACCUACAGCCGCACGAAGUAGAGCCUACAUGCGCAACAUAAGCACAUGCACUUGCACACUGCGAUGUGACACAAACAACGAAAGCAAGAUGAAGC